GGAUCGGAAGUCGUAAUGUUGUUGCUGUAGCUAAACCUGUCAGUGUGCGAGAGAGGGAGCUGAUAAAAGAAAGUCCAUGUAGUUAGUGGCAUGUGUUUGUUUGAGAAAUCUUCAGCUGUUAAAAAAACAUGAAGAAGAGGUUUAACAUCAACCUGGACGACUCCGCUUUCACCAAAGAAAGAACACCGCCAAAGUCGCACUUUCAGUCUUCAUCCAGGGGAGGAGAAAACACCUCAGCUUCAUCUUCGGCAAAGACUGCUUCUGCGCCCCUGUCCUACGCAGAAUUCAUCGUUCAGAGUAAAAGCAAUGUGGGUUCACUCCUUGACAGAGAGGCUCCCUCGAAAAGUGAGCCACUUUCAGUGUCGUCUGCCCCGGGAGGUUGUGAAACACUUCAGGACUCUGCCAAAUGUACUGAAGAUGGAUCUGAAGGUGUUGAGAAGAGUGAGGAGACUCAGGUGGCUGGCACAGAUCAGAAAGACGGAAACUGUCAGAGGUCAGAUUUGAGCCUCAACUUCGGUCCAAAACCAGUGGGGUCUGGGAGCAGCAUUAUUGUCAGUCCUCGGCAGAGGGGAAAUCCCAUUCUGAAGUUUGUGAGGAGUGUCCCAUGGGAGUUCGGAGAUGUUGUACCAGACUAUGUCUUGGGCCAGACAACUUGUGCUCUCUUCCUCAGUCUGAGGUACCACAAUCUCAAUCCAAACUACAUCCACGACCGUCUCAAGUUGCUUGGACAGACUUUCACCCUGCGAGUGAUACUGGUACAGGUAGAUGUGAAAGAUCCUCAUCAUGCAUUGAAGGAGCUGGCUCGCAUCUGCAUCAUGGCUGACUGCACUCUCAUCUUGGCUUGGAGUCCAGAGGAGGCAGGGCGUUACCUGGAAACAUAUAAGUCAUAUGAAAACAAACCAGCAGACCUUCUGAAGGAGCAAGUUGAAAAAGACUAUCUGUCAAAGGUUACAGAUUCCCUGACCACUGUGAAAUCCAUAAACAAGACCGAUGCCAUUACCCUGCUGUCCACUUUUUCAUCUGUAGACGGAAUCAUCAGUGCCUCCAAGGAGGACUUGGUUCUCUGUCCAGGUCUUGGGCCACAAAAAGCAAAGAGACUCUAUGAUGUGCUGCAUAAGCCCUUCCUCAAGUCGAAGACAAAAGACAGCUGAAACGUCUUACCAAGGGUGUGUGAAAAGUCAUCCAUGAAGUUGAUCAUCACGUGAAACAGUGUGCUAACGCAUAAAUACACCUCAGAGGAUUUAAUAAAAUCCUUAAAACACUCUUGCUUAACUGCUCUCAAAAUCAGCAAGUGAACUCUUCAACUGUGUGAGCUGCUCACUGAUUCUGUGUUGUAUUCAGUAAUGUUGUGAUAUCAUUUGUUCAUUGUCGGAUUCAUUUUCUAUGAAAAUAAAUAUUUUGUAAUACUUUUAUA